AUGGCGCAGGUGGACCCGAAGGAUAAGAAUGACGUGGUGCUUUGCCGUCCGGAUGGCAAGUUGUUGACAGAGGAGGAGGACUCGACAACUCUUGAGGAGUGGCAGGCAACCACCAUCCAGGACAUCAAGGAGGCGUUCAUCAAGGCUGACACCAACAAGGAUGGAUUCUUGGACAAGAAGGAAGCCAAGAACAUCCUGCUAGCACUGGCUGAGGCUUCGGAUAUUAAAAGCAUGACGGAUUCGGAGAUCAACGCGCUGUUCGAGAAAGUGGACGCGAACCACGAUGGCCGGCUCAACGUGUCGGAGUUCGUGGACUGGUGCUUCGGUGCGGAGCUUAUCACUGCAGAGGAGCACCAGGAUGCCAAGACGCAGCUCGAGAGCCCGUGA